AUGACGAAGCUAGUUCUGUUAUUAACAAUACUUUUAUUGGUAAAUGGGGUCCAACCCUUUAUAUUCUCUUUUUUAUGUAACAUCCAAAAUGUGAUCAGUAUGGCCACUGAUCUGUCAGACCUGAUAACUGGCCGACAUGACUUGACUUCGGGAAAUUUGUUCAAGAAAAAAGUUGAUCCGACACUCGAAAAAGUAACGCAACUGUCAGAGAAAGUCGAUGAGCUGACAAAGACCAUAAACAUUAGAAUGGACAAACUGAUGACCGCGGUGCUGACUAACGUUCCUAGGGCAAUGAAGUUCGCGAAUCUCAUGAGAAAACUUAUUGAUUAUAUUACUAGAAUCGAUGAAUUGUACGAAGACUACCAGUAUUAUGUUCAUAAGAAAAGUAAAUUCAAUCGAUACACUGUUGAGGAUUUCAGUAGGGUCAUGACUUCUCAUAGAUUUGGAGAUCUUCAAGAUAUUUUGAGGCAAAUUUAUCAUCUAUUUAUUCCUGGACAAUUAGAUCAGAGAGAUGAGAGUCUUCUUAAUGUCAUGGUAGCUACUUUAAAGGAUACACCUGAAGCUGAACAGUGCGGUAUGGCAAAGUCAUCUCAACAACAACUCUAUGAUCUGUACGAAACAGUUGUUCUGACGGAAAUAAAGGGCUUUACAAUGGCUGGUUACGCGUAUGCAACUUUCGAAAGUGAAGUUCACAAAUUGCGAGAUCAGCUUGUAAUAAGAUGCAGCCAAUAUUUAUUAUCCAUCGAUCAAGCGCUGGUGGGUCUUUCUAGAGAAUUUUUCAAUUGUGAUCCACCGAGACAUGUGGAGGGUGAAACGUAUUCCUCCUUAGGUUCAUUUUUUCGAGUAAUAGUUCACGAAUAUAUGAUGACCCGGGAGGAUUAUUGUCCUUACACUUGUGAGACCCUCGAAACCUUUUAUUAUGCGCGACAAUAUUCAGCAGGUGACAAAUUUUGGUAUCCACGUCAAAAAUGUGAGGGUUACAUGGCCAACUGUAUUAAUCUCGGUAAAGCAACAUUCUGUGAACUGGGUGAUUAUGCUCCAACCCGUUAUUCGUGGGUAGAGAGCAGUUUGCAGAAGCCUUAUGGUACUAAAGACCAAUGUCUCGAUGGAAGAAAUAAGACUCUGGAUAUUUUAAGAAACAGUGGUUACGAAUGCUCAACAUGUUUCUGUGAGUGUUCCGGUCAUCUACACGGAAUUAAAACUAUCAGUAUGAGAUCCCAAAUGGCUGAUAUUGACAAAAAUAUGAUAGUUACCGGUAUAAAAUUUGAGGAAAAGGAAAUGAUAUUCCAUGUUCAAAUCGAGCAAGGAAAAUUGCAACCAGGUGGUCGGAUUGACAGAAGCUCUCUCCGUAUGAAGGAGCUUGAAAAUAUAUACUAUACAACUAACUAUGGUGGAUUUGUUGAAAAGGAAAACCCUGAUGAUCCCGAGGAGCCAAUAGAAAUGAUAGAAGGUAAUGACUAUAUUUUUAUAUCAAGCAGAUACCGCAGAGUCAACCUGGACAGAGUUUAUUCCCAAGAACCAGGGUAUAUCGUAACUGGAGUGAAGUUAUCUCUAGAUCCAGACGAGCAAGAGUCACUGUAUUUGGAGGUAAACAUCACGCCGUUUGAUUUUGAUUCAGGAAUGCUCACUCCGACUGAUGACAAGCCCUCUAAGUGGAUAAAUUACAAAGACAUGUCUAAAAAAGACCGGAAGUACAAAGACCGAACUAAAAUUGAAGGUGCUGAUAAAAACAUACCGACAAAUUACUAUGACAAUGUACCAUCAUCGGAAGACUUUACUGUGCUAAAGUUUGGCGCCUCGAAUGUAUAUGAAGAUCUUGGUGCACACACCGUUCCAUUUUUGGACAGACGAUUGUUGGCGCCGCGCCCGCGGAUCCCGCUAGAAGGCAUCUCCCUAUUGCAUCUUGUAAGAGAAGACUCCGCCGGGUUCCUCGGGUUCAGGGUAACUACUCUGGAUAUUCCAAAUUACUUGAACUCCCAAAUGUCCGAGCAAGAUCUUGAGUACUACUCAAAUACUUAUGAGAGCGAAGCGCUCAACCAUCCACCAGAGGAAGCCGAAAUCAUGGCGAAGCUAGUACUGUUAUUUGCAAAACUUUUAUUGGCAAAUGGGGUCCAACCUUUUAUAUUUACCUUUUUAACUAGUAUCCAAAGUGUGAUCAGCAUGGCCACUGAUCUAUCGGACCUGGUAACUGGCCGACAUGAUUUGACUUCGGGAAAAUUGUUCAAGAAAAAAGUUGAUCUGACACUCGAGAAAGUAACGGAACUGUCAGAGAAAGUCGACGAGCUGACGAAGACCAUGAACGUUAGGAUGGACAAACUGAUGACCGCGGUGCUGACCAACGUUCCUAGGGCGAUGAAGUUCGCGAAUCUUAUGAGAAAACUUAUUGAGUAUAUUACUAGAGUUGAUGAAUUAUACGAAGACUACCAGUACUAUGUUUAUCAGAAAAGUUUAUUCGAUCAAUACACUAUUGAGGACUUCAGUAGGGUCAUGACAUCUCAUAGAUUUGGAGAUCUUCAAGAUAUUUUGAGGCAAAUAUAUCAUUUAUUUAUUCCUGAUGGACAAUUAGAUCAGAGAGAUGAAAGUCUUCUUGAUGUCAUGGUAGCCACUUUAAAGGAUACAUCAGAAGUUGAACAGUGUGGUACGUCUAAGUCACCUCAACAACAAUUCUAUGAUCUGUACGAAACAGUCGUUCUAACGGAAAUAAAGGGCUUUACAAUGGCUACUUACGCGUAUGGUUUGCUGAGGAUUUAUCGGAAUUGUAACUUUCUUUCAUAUUAUCGUACUCUCACUAGACAAUUACUCAAACCACUAAUCUAA